GGUUGAUAAAAUAGUUCGGUUUCAAUGAGUUUGUUUUGAAAUUAAACAUUGGCUGAUCAAUGAAAUCUGCUAAGACUUACCGCGGGAGUGGCAAUAGGGCCAAGAAUGUGCCCAAGGAGGCUCUCUGUCGGCUGUGCUUGACCACAAGUAGUGACUGUCAAAUGACAGAUAUUUUUGCUGCUGAUGGCAAAACAUCGCUGUGCGUCCGGAUCAUGGCUUGCACAUCUCUGGAGAUCACUUCAGAGGACGCCUUACCGAGAAAAAUAUGCGCGUCUUGCAGUGAAUUGCUGAGUUUGUUUUACGCUUUUCGAAGGAAGUGCAAAAGCUCUGAUGCCAAGUAUCGAAGAUUCUUGCGGCUGGAGAAUGCUGGGAAAGUGAAGAGCAUCGAUGAUCUGUCUGAUGAUGAGGAGGACGAAGAAUACUCAAAAGCACUGGAAGAGUUCAAUGACCGGCAGAAACAUGCCUUGGAUGAGAAUUUGAAAAUUGCCAAAGAGGAAAUGACGAGAAACUAUGAUGAGGAAAUGAAGAAUCUCUUGCAAGAGGAGAAGUUGAGAAUCUACCGUGAGGAGAAGCAGAAAAUCCAGGAAACUGCCAUGAGACAAAUUGUCUCAACACUCAGGCAGAAGGAGAAGGAUGAGAAGAAAGUGGCUGAAAUGUCGGAGAGUAAAGGAAAAGUCUACAGAAUCUCAAAGAAGCCCACAGAGGUGAAGGAUGAAAUGGAAGUUGAGAUUAUCAUGCAGAGCAGCCUGAAGGAGGAUUCUUGCCAAUCUGACGAGGACUACACAGUUUCUGUACUAUCCGAGGGAGAGUACGAGGAGUCGAGAGAGCCAGAAGAAUCCCCUGUGGAGAAUACAGUUGAGGAGAAAGAGGAGGACAAUGAGGUGAUGGAGAUUCUCUACACCGAUGAUAUAACUAAAGAAGAUGAACUUGAUGAGGGUGAGGAGUUUGAGUAUCUCGAGGAAAGAGAGGACGACGAGAGUCUUGCAAUGGAGCCUGUUGACAAUGAGGAAGCACAAAUUGAGGAAUCCAGCGGAUCACAGACGAGAGAUUCCAAGCAGACACAAAAUAUAGAGCUGGAGAUUGACGAUGAGAAGUACAUUUAUCUGGAAUUGGAGGAAGAGGCAGAAGUGGAGAAGACGACCAAAUACUGCGAUGAGAAAGGAGAUCUGCUCAUUUUUAGCUGCUCAAUGUGCCCAAAGACGUUCUCGCGUGAGAAAUCCCUGAAGAAUCACGAGAUGUCUCACAGACAGCGCAAAGGAUUCUCCUGCACCUUCUGCGAGAAGUGGUUUCCCAGCAACAGCAGUCGGAUGAGGCACGAAAGGAUCCACACAGGUGAGAAGCCUUUCAUGUGCAACAUUUGCGGCAGGAAGUUCGUCCAGAAGGAGAUCCUCAAGCGACACGUGGUUGUACAUUCCGGUGACAAACCCUUCAAAUGUCACCACUGCGACAAGCAAUUCACACAAAAGGAAAUCCUGCGGCAGCACAUCAAUAGAAAACACACAGAAAAUCCUGUUGUUGAGCUGCACAAAUGCUUCCUUUGUCCAAAGUCCUUCUACCACGCUUCUGGAUUGAGUCGUCAUCUGCUUGUUCACGCUGGCAGAACUUUUCCCUGCGAGACGUGCGGAAAGGAGUUCGUGGACAAGAGUGCCCUGAAGCGACACAUCGGUACAAUUCACAAAGAAUUGCCAGCAUAGAUAAUCUCACUACCUCCAAAGCACAAUAAAGAUUU